AUGUUACAAUCUCCACCCACUCGAACGAACAAGAUACUAAAACCUACCAAACAACCACAACAACUUCAAAACAAGCAUCUCCAAAUUGCUGCAAAUGCACAAACAAGAGACCAAGCCAUUUCGGUACCUGAUAAGAGUACUGAGAACAAGGAGGAUCAUGACCAAACAAUCCAUCAAGAAGAGGAUACUGACAAUAAUGAGGAGGAGGAGGAGGAGGAAAGGCAAGAUUCAGGUGACUCACCGAUACCAUGGUUUCCUCCUACCUUUUUCAGCCAAAACUUUCGAAGAUGUAGUAUUACUUCUGAAAGUCAAGCCAUUAAUCUUGAUUCUCCGUUGUUAGUGAUUGGAAAUUAUCAAGUGAACAGAGACUCGGAUUGCUUGGGACAGAACUGGUAUUACAAAAUUUACAAAGGAUAUCAUAUUCAAACAGGAAAUUUCGUUGUCAUGAAGCACAUUUACAAUCAAGAUAUAAUUCCAAAAUUGCGGAAUAGAAUUGAAGAUUUGAGAGAGAGGAUUGCAGAGUCUCGGAGUGAACAUCCAUUCAUUGCACACAUGUUUGCAAGUGUGACCUUACCAGUGAAAGACAGCAAGGGAAACGUGAAAGAAGGUGAAGAGUUUUAUGCAGUCGUUGAAGAAUUCUUGGAGAAUGGAUCGCUUUUCAUGCUUCGAAAUAAGGGCUAUCGACCAAGUGAAAAGGUCAUUGUGAUGUACAUUGAUCAAGUGCUCCAAGGAAUCUUGUAUCUACACAACACGUUAAAGAUUGCGCACUUGAACCUCUCCUCAAAAAACGUCAUGUUAUCAAAGUAUGGUCAAAUCAAGUUGGCCGACAUUGGAUUCAUCAUGACCAAGGAAGAAUACAUCAAGAACAAACCCUGUCUUAAAUAUUGCUCACCCUUAAUGUUUCACAUGACUGAAGGUGAUUGGGAAAAACAAGCACUUGCAGAUAUAUGGAGCGUUGGAUGUCUAGUCAUUGAACUCUUCACAGGCAAACCUCCAUUUCACGACUACUCAUGGGAAGAUUUGUUUCAACUAUUUCAGGAAGAGAACUUUCCUGUUCAUCUCAUUGACAAAUAUUUUCCUCCUAAUUGUUCAGAGUUGGCUUUGGAUUUCCUUCGAUGUUGCUUCUACCAACAUGACUAUUCAAGAUCUUACAUCAAAUCUCUCACUCAUCAUCCUUGGAUUCUUAAAUAUAAAAGUGCAACGCCACAACAUGUUCCAACUGAAUACAACCUUCAAGGUGGCGUCUCAGCCAAGUAUCUCUUCAUGGUUCAUGUUGGUAGUAGAAAGAAAAAGCUUUCUACAUCUGAAACAUUCCAAGAUAUCCAAUCCUUAGAGACCUUUAUUUACACAAAAUGUGACCAUUUAAUUGCGAGCUUGAAAAGAAAGAAAACUUCAAAUCAAAUCGUUGUCAUUGAAAUUUUUGAUAAGGAAUGCAAUGAAUUUGUCGAGUUUGAUGAUUUGAGUCUUCUCGAGGAAGCACCAGCUGUCAAUCAAUUGCGUGUUUCUUGCAUUUCACUACCAUCGACUCCAAAGGUUGAUCCUUUCAAAUCCAUUCAAACUUCCCGAUACGUUCCAUCCCCAACGAGCAGUAGCUUUACAUUCAAAUCUGACAGCUUUUCCUACAAGACUGAUUCCAUCUCGGCCUCCUCAGAAGAAACAUUCUCACCCAGUGAGACUGGUGUUUUGCUUUGGAAUGGAAGAUAUUUACCUUUAAAGAAAAUUCAAAGUGGAGGAUUUUCUUCUGUGUACUUGUGUGAAGAUUGUGCCAAGUCACCCUCUUCAUCUCAAAAAAGAGUAGCUCUCAAAGUUUGUUCAGUCGAUAACUCUGGAGACAAUACCUUGUUGUCCAUAAAUGAAGCCAUGAGAGAGGCGUUCCAAAUGAUGAUGUUCAAUCAUCCAAAUAUUAUUAAGGUUUUGGAUGUGUUUCAACAAAGAUUGAAUCCAAUCUCCUCUCCAAACGAUCUCUACUCACCUCAAAUGUUGUGUAUUGUCAUGCCUUACUAUGACGAAGGAGAUUUAACAACACUCAUCCGAUCGCCUCAACAGCUUCUCUCUCCUCGCAUCAUUUUGACGAUCAUGCUUCAAGUGAUGGAUGCUCUUUGUGAGCUUCAUUCGAGAAAUGUCAUUCAUAGAGAUGUCAAGCCACAGAAUAUUCUAAUUGAAAAAAUAGAAAAGGACAACAAGGGAGCUAUUACACGCUUAAAGGUAUUGUUAUGUGAUUUUGGGCUCUCGAAAUCCUUGAUCGAAAGCAAGGCCUUCAGUGUGUCAGGAACUAUCAAUUACAUGUCACCAGAAGCUCAGUUAAAUCAAGGAUAUGGUGUAAAAACAGACAUUUGGUCUGCAGGUGUGGUUUUAUAUCAAUUACUAACCAGUGAUGAAAGAACAAAUAUCUUUUUAGAAAUGAUACAACGAGGAGAAGAAACUGUGUUGAAUAAUCUGGAAGAAAAUAUUAAGGAAAGAUACAAAACAUUGCCGUCUUCAUCUCAAUCUCCUCUUCCCCAACUCGAGAGUCUUUUGAGGAACAUGUUGAAAUUUUCUCAAAAUGACAGAAUUAGUGCCAAGGAUGCUUUUAAUUAUUGUAGGGAAUGUAUGAACUCGUUGAAAGAAUAA